AUGGCUAUGGAUGCAGGAGAUUUGCAAUUUUUGCGGAGCUAUCUUCAGACCGAGUUUGGAGCUUUGCGCAGGGAGCUUUCGGAGAUCAGCCAGAGGCUUCCCCACAAAGCUCAUGAGCCCAUGAGUAAGGAUGUCUUUGAGCGGCGAGUGAGCAAUGUGGUGAUGAAGCUUGAAAGGUCAGACUCACAGAGCUUGUCACCCAAUCCCAUCACCAAUACACGGAGAAUCUCCUUCAAUGGACUCAGUCCACGUCCACCUCUAUCCACACAGCCUACGAUAGAGGUGAAGACUCCAGAGACACACCAUUUUGACUCAAAUGAAGUUGAGUCUGUGAGAGAUGAAGAUGAGGAGGACGAGGAUGCGGUUCAAGUGACACAUGUUGGAGACUCCUUUCCCGAUUUGGUGGUUGAUGAGGUGAGCAUGCCAUCUUUGCCUGGGUCAAUGCCUGAUAAAGGCUCCCUUGCAAAAACGCCUUCCAAGAGGUUUGCACAGAGCAGCGUCGCGAGCCAAAAGUGGGCCGAAAGUAUGGAGAGCAGCCAACAGAAGCUCAAUAUCUUUGAACAUAAGGUCGAGAAAGGGGAUGCCUUUGGUCGAGGAAUGGGCUUGGUCACCACUGCACAAGACAAAGCAAAAACCACAACCUUCAAAUCGACCUUUCAUGCAAAAUGUCAUAAGUUAGUGACUAGCAGCAACUUCGAAUUGCUGACGAUCUUUUUGAUUUCCUCCAGUGCUCUUCAGAUUGGACUGUCCACCAACUGGAUGGCCGAGAACCUGGUGGGCGACACCUCGGAGGUGCACCGCGUCAUCGAAGUGGUCUAUUGCAUCAUCUUCACCGUGGAACUCACUCUCCGACUCGUGGCAUAUCGACUCGAGUUCUUCACGCAGGUUGGAUGGGCUUGGAAUGUAUUUGACUUGAUCUUGGUGAGCGUCCAGCUCUUGGAAGAGCUUUUGAUGGCCAUCUCAGCUGGUGAGUCCGUUGGAGCACUACAUCAAAUGUCUCCCACCACCCUGCUGCGCAUCGCCCGAAUCUUGAGAGCAGUAAGGGUGCUACGAGUCCUUCGCAUCGCUUUGAUGGCUGAAGACCUUCGUCUUCUGGUGAGCUGCUUACUUUAUUGUUCCAAACCCUUCUUCUGGACAGUCGUCCUAUUGGGCCUAAUGAUCUACAUCGUGGCCAUCUACUUGACUCAAAUUGUAUUGGUCUAUCGUGUGGAGAGCAACGUGGGUCACUCGUUGGAACCGUUGUUUGGCAAUGUGCCCGUGUCGAUGCUGUCGCUCUUCCAGGGCAUGACGGGCGGCUUGGAUUGGGGUGGCAUGGUGUCGCCCAUUUUGGAAGAAAUCUCCACCCUAGCAGCCUUCCUGCUGGUUCUCUUUAUGGCUUUUGCUAUUUUGGGAGUCAUGAACGUGGUCACGGGAACCUUCGUUCAAAAUGCCAUUUGCCGGGCAGAAGAGGUGAAAGAUAUGCAGCGAGCGAUGAAGGCGCGGCGACUGUUCAAGUCCCUGGACGAUGAUGAAACCGGGCAGAUCUCCUUUAAGGAGAUCCUGAACCACACCAAGGACAGGGAGGUCCUGGCGUUUUUCCGGGAUUUGGACAUCGAGCCGAGCGAGGCGAAAUUUCUGUUCGAUAUGCUGGACAUUAACCAAAGUGGCUCAAUCGAUUUUGAAGAAUUUCUGAACGGGUGCAUCAGAUUGCAAGGACCUGCCAAGGCCAUUGACAUGCUUGUGGUGACUCGAGAGACUCGAUUGGCCUUCGAGCAGCUCUCGGGUCACAUGCGGCGCUUUCAGGCAGAGCUCUCCAUUUUAACGGAGAAGCUGAUGGGUUGGAAGGGCGAGGCUCAUUGA